CACACACACGCACUUUCUCUCUCCACACAACAACCUGCACUCUACGGACAGAGAGAAGAGGAAUCGCCCGCCUGCUGGGGAAUGUUUUCCUACGCAUGCACGUGGAGAAUAACGGAUUUAUCAGGCGGGAGCUCGUGCGCAGGGGAAAAGGCGGAGAGAACAAGGGGAGAAAAAAAUAAUAACGGAGACCUGCAACGAAAACGCUGUUCACACACACACACACACACACACACACACACACACACACACACACACACACACACACACACACACACACACACAUGCACACUCCGCGCGCGCGCGCAAAAAUCCUUCAAGAGAUGAGCGCGAGGCUUUUUUGAAAUCCUUGCGCGAGCGCGUCCCAGCCGGCACGAGCAGUUGGGCGUUUAAACUGUAACGGAAAAUAACGUCCGUUUCAUUUCUUUAAUUUUAUCGUGUUUUAUUUCGGUCGUCGCUGCUGCUCUAAAACACACAGAAGGACUACGGAGAAACGCCGUGUUUGUGUUCGCGUGUCACCAUGAAAAUACGCCACUACAGUGAAAGUUUGCAGAACAAGCAGCUUGCUGUGACCCCACAGAGCUUCUUAUUUGUCUCCUGAACUGAAAUAAGAAAUAAGAAGGAAGUUUCAUGAUGAAGAGGAGACAGAAGCGCGUGCUGCAGAUGGCGUUUUUAUUCACUCUGGCUCUUAUUUUCCUGCCCAACGUGGGUCUGUGGUCACUGUACAGAGAGAAGCACCUGAUGAAGGCGCACGAAGGAGACGAGCAGGGGUUUGCGCUCGGACUGGGUGACGGACACGUGUACAGCUGGACAGACGGCUUGAGGAGGAGAGACUGGCACGACAACGAGAGCAUCCGGAGAGACGAGACACGUGUCGGAAAAGGGGAGCAGGGGAAGCCGUACCCGCUUGCAGAGGACGAGUGUGAUGACUCGGUGUACAAAGAGAACGGCUUUAACAUCUACGUGAGCAACAACAUCGCACUGGACCGCUCACUGCCUGACAUCAGACACCCCAACUGUAAGCAGAGACUGUAUCUGGAGAAUCUCCCCAACACCAGUAUCAUUAUCCCGUUCCAUAACGAGGGCUGGAGUUCGCUUCUCCGCACCAUCCACAGUAUCGUAAACAGAACUCCAGAUCACCUGAUUGCCGAGAUCGUUCUGGUGGAUGACUACAGCGAUCGAGAGCACCUGGGGGUUCGUCUGGAGGAGUACAUGUCCAGGUUUCCGAAGGUGCGGAUCGUACGGACGAAGAAGCGCGAGGGUUUGAUACGCACUCGCCUCCUGGGAGCGUCUGUGGCUAAAGGGGAAGUGCUCACCUUCCUAGACUCGCACUGCGAAGCUAACAUCAACUGGCUGCCUCCUCUGCUCGACCAAAUAGCCCAGAACCCCAAGACCAUCGUGUGUCCCAUGAUCGAUGUCAUCGACCACAACCACUUUGGAUACGAGGCUCAAGCCGGAGAUGCCAUGCGAGGAGCUUUUGACUGGGAGAUGUACUACAAACGCAUCCCUAUCCCUUCUGAGCUCCAGGGACCUGACCCCAGCGACCCUUACGAGUCUCCAGUGAUGGCUGGUGGUCUGUUUGCUGUGAACCGUCAGUGGUUCUGGGAGCUGGGAGGCUAUGAUACAGGCCUUGAGAUCUGGGGAGGAGAGCAGUAUGAGAUUUCAUUCAAGGUAUGGAUGUGUGGGGGCAGUAUGUAUGACGUGCCGUGCUCCCGAGUGGGCCACAUCUACAGGAAGUACGUACCCUACAAAGUGCCCUCAGGAACGAGCCUGGCCCGAAAUCUGAAGCGUGUGGCAGAGACAUGGAUGGAUGAGUACACAGAGUACAUCUACCAGCGGCGGCCAGAGUAUCGCCACCUCUCCACGGGAGACCUGACCGCUCAGAAGGAGCUGCGCAAACACCUCAAGUGUAAAGACUUCAAAUGGUACAUGAACACGGUGGCGUGGGACCUGCCCAAAUACUACCCUCCUGUGGAGCCCUUACCUGCUGCCUGGGGAGAGAUUCGCAACGCAGCAUCAGGGUUGUGUAUCGACUCCAAACACGGCUCGACAGGAACAGAGCUCCGUCUGGACAGCUGCCUGAAAGAGGGAGCCGAGAGAACCUGGGCACAUGAACAGAUCUUCACCUUUGGCUGGAGGGAGGACAUCAGGCCCGGGGAUCCUCUGCACACCAGGAAGUUGUGUUUCGACGCCAUCUCUCAAAGCAGCCCUGUCACUCUAUACGACUGCCAUGGCAUGAGGGGCAACCAGCACUGGAGCUACCGCAGGGAUAAGUCUCUUCACCACCCAGUGAGCAGCGGUUGCAUGGACUGCAGUCCCUCCGAUAAACGGAUUUUCAUGAACAAGUGCAACCCCGAGUCGGCAACGCAGCAGUGGCUAUUCCAGAGAGUCAACAUCACCAUUCUGGACAAAUUCAACAGCGCCACCACUUCCUAGGACCCUCAGAAACACAGCCAGCCAGUGGACUGGCUCCCAGAAUCCUUAGCGAGGGGGGUAGAUUUACUUAGUGUCUGAGUGUGGCCCCCCCUACAUCCUCCCCCUCCUCCCAAAUGCCCACACGUGCAGAAGCGGACGAGGAAGGGGCGGCUAGUGAGCGAGGGAACUGUAUGGGCCGAAUCUGGAAGACUGAUGCGACACUCAGAUGGCUUGCAGGUCAAGGAGAACCUGUUCGCAGCCAACCUCUCUCUCUCUCUCUCUCUCUCUCUCUCUCUCUCUCUCGUUCUUUUUCUCAGCUUGGCCCCAGUCAUUUCUAACACACCGAACAACAGUUCUCUGUUUAAAUAUCGUUCCUCUUCACUCUCUCGAUAGCGCAUGGUGGAUUUGUUCUAUACCAGAGACCAGAAGUGACGUUUUAGCAUCUCUGUGGUUCUGAGGACGUCUGUUCGAAACUGUAUAUUUAUUUCUAUUUAUUUGGUCGUAUUUUUGCAAGGAUAAAUUAUUAUGUGUGUAAUUGACUUUGUUUAACCUCUACCAAGGGUAAGGCUAAAAAUCAGAUUUGCCCCACAGAGCUGGAGAUGACAGGAUUAAAUGUUUUCUUUUUUCCAGAGAGAAUCAUGCCCUUUCCUGCCCUUGUUCCUACCAUCGGAAUUCUAAAUAAAGCAAAAAAAAAAAACGAGUA